GACGAUUUUUGGUCUACGGACCCUGAAUUGGGUCAUCUACUGCGCACUCUCCAGCACAAGUACCUGAUGGCUCUAGGGUACCGCUUCAAGUCAUCAAGUGCGCCAAACCGUGGCAAAAUAUACUUGAAGCAAGCACCAAGCGCUUCUUUGCUUCACAAACAAUACGGUCGAUCGUUACUGCCUAACGUGAUGGCUUCCGAUGCUUUCUACGCCCUCAACGAGAUAUUUUCGCUCGCUGCGUCUUCGGAAAUGCAAUUCCUGAACUUCGUCGAUGUCAAGCUCGAUCGGUAUACGCAUCCCGAUAUCGACAUCACUCAGAGCUCGCAAAACGUCAUAUAUACGAAAAGAAUUCUUUCUCGGCACAUGCAGAACCUAAAACAGACUUUGCAAAGUAUUCGAAACACAACUCACCCGAAAUGGCCCAAAGCCCGCGGUGAUGAAGCGAAGGUAGCCAAAGCAGCAGCUGAGCGUCUUCAGAAUGACUUUGAAUACCUCAUCAAUCGAGCACAAAUGCUAGACCGUCGCUGCGCUGAGAUCAUGACUAUUCUCCAGAACAGCAUCUCCCUCUCCGAGUCCUGGAAAGCCAUGGAACAUACGCAGCAGUUAAUGAGGCUAUCCCGCUUAGCCUUCGUUUUCAUACCUGUGUCCUUUUCCAUAUUUUUAAUGGCCCUGAACCUUAAGGAUUUUACGCAUGAUAGGCGGCUCUAUAACUCUUGGUGGAUGGGCCUAACGGUCGUAAUGAUUAUCCUUGAGUCAACGGCCCUCUUAGUCUUCAUGGAGGGACCUCGUCUCUCCAAAGCGCUGCGUAAUCUAUGGUCGAAAAAGAAUUGAUAAUGGCCCAAGAAUGCAAUUCGUUCGUAGUUUAUUUCCAUCGACUUCCUGUUCUACAUAUAAGUUCUACAGCGUCUCUUGUCUUCGCGCCAUGUUUUGAUUCAUGACUCCUCUCCCUAACUCGACAAGAAAAUGGUAGAUGUUAUUUCUUCAAAUUCUCAUAUACAUUCAUUAC